CAGGCCUCGCGCCCGCCUGCCCGGCGGCCAGCACGCGCCCCAGCCCGGCCAGCCGACUAGGCCGCGGCCCUGCGCGGCGGCGCCAUGCGGCUCACCCUCAAGGCCUGGCCGCAGCUCACCUUCCACGUCGACAUUGACCCCGGCCAGACGGUGAGGGCCCUCAAGGAGAAAAUUGAAGCCGAGCAGGGCAGAGAUGCCUUUCCGGUAGCGGGGCAGCAGCUCCUUUAUGCGGGCCGCGUCCUCCCGGACGACGCUGUGCUCAGAGACUGUCAGAUCCACGAGCACCACGCUGUGACGGUCCUGGUGGCCAGACCCGAGGCGGCGACCACAGCAGCACCGGCCACGGCCACGGCCACAGCCACAGCUGGGCAGUCCCAUCCUGCCACCGCGGCAUCGGCUGGUGCUGGGGCCCCAGCGCGCGGCCCUGCCUUGCCCGCCGCGCCUGCCACCUCCACGCGUGCCAAAUCUGCGCCUGCCACCUCCACGCGUGCCAAGUCCGCGCCUGCCUCCGUGUCAGCAUCCAGUACAGCGUCGGCUCAGCCUGCACCUGCUGGCGCACCUCAAGCUGCAGGGCAGCAGGCAGGCCCGCCAGGGGCUCCAAGCCCCACACCAGAUGAUGCCAUCGCAGGACCCUCCUCUCGGGCCCAGCCGUCUGAGCAGGCAGCAAGGGCGCUGCUGACACGUCCGGCUUCCGAGCAAAUGGUCGCCGAGAUCGUGUCCAUGGGCUACGAACGGGAGCAGGUCCUUGCAGCCCUGAGAGCCAGCUUCAACAACCCUCACAGAGCCGUGGAGUAUCUUUUAAUGGGACUCCCCGGAGACAGGGCAAGUGCGGCCGAGGUCGAGCCCCCUCAAGCCGGUAGCAGUGGAGCUGGUCGGUCUUCAGCGGUGGCAGCAGAUGCAGGGGCUACGACAUCGGGUUCUGGAGGACAUCCCCUGGAUGUUUUAUGGAAUGCACCAGAGUUUCAAUUAUUGAGACAAAUCCUUCAAUACUUUCCGUCUUUGCUUCCAGGAGUGCUGCAACGCAUAUGUCCACAGGAUCCUCUAUUACGUAGGCAAUUUAGACAAUAUCAGGAUUAUUUGGUUCACAUGCUAACUGCCCCUAUGGAAGAAGCUGGUGAUGAAGGAGAAGGUGGAGGUGGCACUGUGGGAACCGCAGGAUCAUCAAAGGAUUGUAGCUACAUUGAAGUAACACCUCAGGAACAGGCAGCUAUUGAAAAGUUAAAGGCAAUCGGGUUUCCUGAAGGACUUGUGAUCCAAGUAUAUUUUGCUUGUGAUAAGAACGUGGUCUUAGCUGCCAGUAUUCUUUCUGAGCUGGCCUUGGAGGAGGACUGAAAGGGACUCUCCUCUGACUCACACUUCGCGCCGAUGCAUUACGUUUUUGUUUACUACAACGUCUGGGAUGACUUGGUCUCCUACCCACCAUACUCGGCAUCUGGUACCAUAUAUUGGGGCUGGUGCAGGAGUCAUGAUGAUGCAGGGCUGGGAGAGAUACCCUGGCUGUCUUUUAUUGGCCUUGAUAAAAUAAUAAGUUACUUUUACUGGCUUUCCCUGUUUUCAGUAGACUCCAUUCCACCACUGUGUCCAGACUACACCCAGGGUAAUGCCUUGCUUUCUAUUUCUUUAUUUCAGUUGGUUUUGGAAACAGUGUCUGCUCCAUAGAAAUUUCUUAAAAUUUUUAUUUACAUAUUUGAAAGGCAGAAUUACAGGGAGGCGGAGGCAGAGAGAGGGAGAGACAGAGAGAGACAGAGAGAGAGAGAGAAGGAGAAGUCUUCAAUCUGCCAAUUCACUCUCCAAAUGGCCGCAACAACUAGAGCUGGGCCGAUCCAAAGCCUGGAACCUGGAGCUUCUCAUGGGUUUCCUACAUGCAAGUAGGUGCCCAAGGUCUUGGGCCAUCUUCCGCUAUUUUCCCAUGCCAUAGCAGAGAGCUGGCUAGGAAAUGGAGCAACCAGCCCUAGAACCAGCACUGGUAUGGGAUGCUGGAACUACAAGCAGUCGAGUUACUCGCUUUGUCAGAGCGCUUGCCCCACUCCCUAGAAUUUGUGGUCCAUUUCAUGGCAACUAGGGAAUGCCUUCAUGAAAUUGCCAACAAUGCUGGAGCACCUGUAAGCAGAAAUGCCUGAUUAUUGAUGGUUGUUGCUGCUUCACAUAGGUGUGAAAUUACUAUAUAAGGAACCUCAUGCUUUCCUGUGACAUAUGUGGGGUAGGGGAGGAGGGAAAGGAACCAGUUCUUCAUGUGAAAAUACGUAAAUUUAUUUUAAAAGAUCUCGGGGCUGGUGCUGUGGUGUAGCGGAUAAAGCCACCACCUGCAGUGCCAGCAUCCCAUAUGGGCUCCACUUUGAGUCCCAGCUGCUCCACUUGUGAUCUAGCUCUCUGCCAUGGCCUGGGAAAGGAGUAUAAGAUGGCUCAAGUCCUUUGGCCCCUGUGUGGGCUUGUCCUGCAAGGCCCACACUGUCGGGAUGGUGGGGGGAUGGCAUUCUUCAACAAGAAGCACCAGAGACUGUUUCAGUGAACAUGGCUGUUUAUUAACAGUUAGCCAUAGGCUUUUAUAGGACAGACAAAAUGCAGUAGCUAGUUCAGGGUAGCAACACUAAUUCUAUAGGAUAAAGGCAAUACUGGUGCUUCUACCUGUCUCCAAUCAGCUUGAAGCUCACGUGGUUUACAUAGUCUUCCAGGUGGUCUUAUGUGGCUAGGCCACACUUGGGAGCUGUUUACCUAGUUGACAAGCACAAGGCCCCUCAACAGGAAGUGGAGUGGGGGAAAUGUGCCUGGGGUCCCUGCUGCCUAACAGCAGUCAGGUCAUGUGUGGGUCUCAGUGUGCUGAGCCCCGACCAUGGUCUUUCCCAGGAGGCGUGCUAUGCCAUGCCCUCUUAAGCUUCUGCAUGGGCCAGGCAGGCAGUCUCCCAGCCAGGCACAGGAUCAUCCAUAUCUCUCCCCUCUGUUUUAGGCCAGACUAUCUCGAUGGCCAAAAUCUUUGCUAGUGGAGCAGCCUUUUGCUUGGCAGAUGGGACUCAGCUUAGUGCGGCAUGGAAAAAAUAGAUCAGUACACUGCAACCCACGAUGACCACUACUGUAGUCAUCAGUGCAUAGGGAUGGAACCAAAAUUUCGUGAGUCCCUACCAACCAUUCCCUAUGUAAACGUGGUAACUGCCAGGAUAGAAAUGUGGGUGGCAUUAGGUUUUGGGUUAAAUUGAAGAGCACCUGAGAAAUAACCCAUCCCGAGGGCCCCUGAUACAGGCUGACAAGUAACGAUAUCGAGUUUCCCAUUCUAAAGCAGGUACAUUGGUGAUACAAACAGCUGUGAAGCAAACAUCAGGCUGGGGAUGCAUGGUUGGAUGAGGGAAACUGGUGACAGCUGCACUGUAGUGACAAUGAAUAUACCAGCAGCUUUGAUCAGUCCAAGGGCUCUCUUAGUCCACUGUACUAGCUGCCUGAUGGCAUCCUUGAUUGGCUGGUUCCAGGGUCCUGUCCAGUUACUGUAUAUUUGGGCAGGAAGUCAAGUCGCUGGGGCCGUCUUGGGACCCAGCCUGGUCACAGGCAGCCUGAGAGUUUGACUUCAUUGUUGCACAGUUCAGUAACCCCAGCAACAAGCACGUUGUAUUGGGGGUUGGAGACAGGAUUGAACUGGGUCCACCAGACCCCUGAGUUCUCCCCAUGUUACCCAAUGUUGAGGGGGGGCAGGCCACAUCCUCUCCUAGUGUCUCUUCAUCAGCGGCUCAUUUAGUGGAAAGGCACUGAAGCUGGCUUGUUGGAGGGUUGGUUUGCAGAGAUUGGGGUCCAGGGUUUGACAUUUUGAGCUGGUAUCCACAUAGACUAUGGAAUGAUCUCUGGAAAGACACAAGUGAAACCUCUUCCCAUUGUUAUGAGGGGAUCAGGCCUUUUCCAUUGUUGGGUGGUCAGGUCCCUCCAUCUAACCAGAGGUAUUGGGCUCAUAAGGGGUCUCCAGUAUCUUAUUGCUGGCGGCUCUCCAGAGGGUGAGACUUCUAAGAAAUUUAAGGUGAAGAGAGCAAAAUUACCAUGCUCAUGGUGGGUACCGUAGUCUCCCCUAUGUUUUUCAAUCAUAGUCUUAAGGUUCUGAUGUUCUCUUUCUACAUUGCCUUGGCCCUGGGGUUAUAGGGUAUGCCCAUGAUAUGACCAAUGGCAUACUUAACGCAAAAAGAAGCAAAUGUGUAAGCAGGGUCCUUAUCAGUUUUUGUGGAAAGUGGGUGUCCCAUAAUAAGAAAGCAGGACAGGAGGUGAGCAAUAUCCUUAGGGGUGUUUUCACCUGUGGAAGGAGUUUCCAUUAUAAACCCUAAAUAAGUGUCCAUCGUUACAUGGAGGAACUUUUGUUUGCCAAAGGAAGGGAAGUGAGUAACAUCCAUUUGCCACAGAGCAUUGGCCUUAAGGCCCCGAGGAUUAGCCCCCAUUGGUUGUAGUGGUGCAAAAGGCCAAAAUGGGGGACACCUAGCACAAUUGACAGACUGUGUGUUUGCACUGUUGGAUGGGUAGGUCAGAGAACAAAGCAGCAAGGGAGCGGGCUGAUUGAUGAAACUGAGAGUGAGGAUCUCUUGCAGUGCACUCAGUGGUGAGCACAUCGGGGCAGGUCAGCACAUCAACCUGUAUAUUAAAGGGAAGGUAAAGGAUUAGGCAGACUAGAGUGCGCUGUGAUGUAUUGAACAGAGUGGAGAUGUGCGUGCUUCCAGUACGUGUUGUAGUGAGGCAAGCAGGGUAUCUAAAGAGGAAGAGAGAUCCAAUGUACAUUAGGCAUGAGGGAGUUGGGGGAGGAGUUGAGUGCAAUAUAUGCUGUCAGUGAAAAGGUUGCAGCACUCAGGAGUCAGGCAUAGAGCAUGAUAGAUAGCAAGGAGCUCUAGAAACUGUGGGGAUCCUGCAAGGUAGGAGCGGACAAACUGAGUCGAUGGUUGCUUGGGGGUAAAUUUGACAGUAGUGAUGGUUUCAGAAAUGCUAGUGUCUGUAAAAACAAGCGGGGCUUGAGGAUUGGGUUUAGAGGAGAUAACAGAAGGAACAGAAAGGGGCAGCAGACGCAUUACUUGGAGAAGUUUGCUUGGGGGGAUGUGACUACCUAUCUGGUCAGUAUAGCCAGCCAAGGCAGUCAUAAGGGAAGCAUCAUUGAGGAGAGCAAAAUCCAGCGACGACUUAAGAAGUGGGAUAACCAGGUGAUCAGGCUUACAGCCAAACUGUCUAACAAUACAAUCGUAAUUUUCUAAUAAGAGAAGAAAGCCUAUAAAUAGGAGACUGGAGCUCUGACAUGGCUGUGGGGGACAGAUGGGCCCAACCAAGACAUUAUCAGGAGGCUACAGCAUGUCUGUGGAUGUCCUAGCAGAGCCCAGAACAAUGGCCCAGAGUUCUUUUUGUGGAUCCCAACUAUAAAGCUGUAGGAAGCAAGGGAUUGGUUAACUAGGCUGAGGGCACACUCAGCUUCUUCAGUAAGCUCUCUAGGGGAGGUGGGAUCAGGGUUCCUGCAUAGACAUGUAAAAUGGGGGGUAAGUUGUUAACUUUAGCCAAGGACGAAUGCAAUUUAUGUGUUCCAACUGGACCUGUAAUUUGUUUAAGGUAGCUUUCUUUGGGAUAGAAAUGCAGGGUGGAACAGGGUGAACAGUGUAGGGAAGCAUCUCAGUGCGCAGGAGGUGAAAAGGAGGAGUUCUGGGACUACGACAAGGUCUAUGGCUUGGAGGUUUUGUACAGCUUGAGGGAAAGCUCCUAGAACCAGCAGAAGUGAUCCAUGUAGUGGAUGAUAUUUAAGCCAGUAAUGGCAAACAAAGGUGUCAGAGCCUUUAAAAACAUAAAUUUGGCAAAUGGACAAGCUGUUUUCAUGCCUUGUGGCAAGACUAUUCACUGAAACCGUUGCCCUGGGACUGUGUUACUGGGCACAGAUACUGUGAAGGCAAAAUGCUCCCUAUCCUCAGGUUGAAGGGGGAUACGAAAAAGCAGUCUCUCAUAUCCAGAAUGCGAAAGACAUGACAGUGGGAAGCACAGUAGUUAUGGGGAUUCCCGGCUUUGUGGUGCCCAUUUUUGUCAUGUGGGUAUUGACAGCCCUCAAAUCAUGGAGGAGCCAGAUGGAAGAUGUGGAUUUUUUGUGGAUGACAAAAAUAGGAGUAUUGUAAGGGCUAGUUGAGGGUUCUGUAUGACCCAAGUCUAACUGUUGUUGAGCCGAAGCAGUUAGAUGGCUUAGCUUUUGUCGAGGCAGGGGCCACUGUUCUGCCCACAUGGGGGUAUCAUGAGUCCGUUGUAAUUUGAUGGGGGAUGGCACGAACAGUGGCCCCUAGAAUUGGAGGCACUUAUUGAAUUUGGGGGACUCAUGGCCUGUUUGUAGAAGGUCUUCCAGACAAAACUUAUCAUCAGUAGUUAGCGUAGCUCCCAUGCUACUAAGCAGGUCGCGACCAAACAAAUGACUACCCAAGCCUAUAGUUAUCAGCGACUGCACAUGGCCCUUGUGUCCCUCUGGGUCUCUCCAAACAACAGGGUGUUUUAGCUGACGAUGGGGAGAAAGUACUGCCACCACUCACACAUCAGGGCCUUGGAUAUUUUCCCACUCUGAGGGAACUUCCUCGUCUCUCAUUAUGGUGACACCUACACCUGAAUCAGCUACGCCCUGAAGACCUUACCAUUAAACCAAACAUGUAUGUGAGGCUUGAUCUGUGACUCCAGAGGAAUGGUCCAGUAAGCCCUAGGGGCACCUGUUCCCAUUUGAUUGGGUCGUCCAGCGUUGGGGUGGCGGGACGGUCCCCCUUGAGAUGAUGGGGCUCCUGCUUUGGAACAGCAGACCCCUUGCUGUUCACAUUCAUCUUAGUAAAUAGCCCUCCAUUUUAGAAAGUCCACGGGCUCCAGAGAGGUCCUUCCAGUCCCAGGGGCAGUUAAGGCCAAUGGCUAUGGUCUCCAAUAGUUGUUCAGUAUAGGGGGAACGAGGACCAUUUUUAUGUACUCCUCACACAAAUCCUUGAGUGUGGAAUAACAGUGGCCAUACCACUCCUGGGGGCAUUGAGGGGUUGGCAGAACAUUGAAGAGGAAGGCCUCAGUGAGCUUACCUGAGGGAGAAAUGCAGAUCCCCAUGUCAGGGAGGGAGGGGGCAGUGGGCUGAAAAGUGCCCAGGAGUCAGAGCCCCAAGGCGGGGAUGCAGCAGAAGCUGCUCCAGGAGGAAAGCAGCCUCAAGGAACCCGAGUGGCAGGGUCGAGGGUGCAUCAGGUGAGCACCUCGAAGAGGAGGUGGCACCUCUGGCCAGGGAGGGGCUUGUGGUUUGGGCUGGCCCAGCAGGACCCAACCUGUUUAUCUGUAGGAGGUGGGGCCUGGAGGCAAGCCUUUUGAAAACAAGGGAGGGGGGUCAGGUAACAAAAGGAGGAGGCUCUCCCUGUGCCCCAGGAGGAGGAACUGAUGGCCAAGUUAACAGGGGCCAAGAAUAGGUGGGAGGGGAGAUUCAGGUGAGGAGGGGACAUUCUGGCGAGGAGGGGAGCAGAAGCCAAGGUGGCCACUCCCGUUUGGUCCCCUAUCUGGCCCGCAGCCUCUGUGUUUUUAUCUUUGGUCUGGUGGGGAGGUUCUGAGUCAGAAUCACUGUCGGAGUUGGAGGAGGAGGAGCCCACUGAUCAAACUCUGUAGAUCUUGCAGAAUCUGAGGCAGAACACAGAGGUCUGCCCAAGGCGUGGAUGUCAGGAAAAUGGCAGUAGGGGGAGCUAAGCAUUGCAAGAUGGCAAUAACUAUAGGGUAAAACUGGAGGGGGACAGGUAUGUUGGCGUCCACCUCCCACUGUUGGGUGGCUUGUAAGAUCUUAUCCCCGUCGAAGGGAUCAUAAAUGUCUACUGCCUCAAGCCAGGGACACAUGCCCGCAGCAGUUUCCCCAAACUUUUCAGUUUCCUUCCGUUUUAGUUUAAGGCCACGUAAAGCCUGUAAGAGCUUAGGCCUGGGGUCCUUACUCAGGGUCUGGCCAAUAGUGAGGGGCGAAAGUAAGCAACAACCAGAAAGCAAAAGAAAGAGCUCAGAAGAUAGAAUCACAGACAGACCAAUCCAAUGGGGUGGUCGCAGGGGAGCAAAAGAAAAUCCUCAUAGGGAGCCAACGACUGUUGUGGGGGCCCUUAGAACGGGGCGAAGGGAAUGGGGGAAAGGGAAUCUGUUCUUCAUAUGACAGUACAUAAUGUUAUUUUAAACAUUCUUUAUCAUUGGAAUGAAUGUGAGACCCGUGUAACCUGCUUCAAGUAACUGUAACAGUAUAGGCAUAAUGAUGUUGCUGUUAUACUUGGUUUUCUUUCAGGGAAAUGGCACGUGUUGCAUAUCUGUGCACUCAACAGUUGAUAACAAUAAGGGUUUUUAAAUGUUUUUACUCAUUUAUUUGAAAGCUAUAGUUACAGAGAGUGGGAAUUAAGAGGAGAAGGUCUUUCAACAACUGGUUCACUCCCCAAAUGGCCACAAUGUCCAGAGCUGAAAUGAUCAGAGGCCAGAAGCCAGGCUGUUCCUCUGGCUGUCCCACAUGGGUGGAGGGGCACAAGCCCAUGAGUUGUCUUCCACUUCUUUCCCAGGCCAUGAGCAUAGGGCUGGAUUGUAAGAGGAGCAGCUAGGACUUAAACCAUGCCCUCAUGACAUGCUGGCCCCAAAAGCAGAGGCAUAGCCUACAAUGCCACAGCGCUGGCACCGCAAUCAAGUUUUAAAACCACACUUACAUGUUUGCUGUGGACGUGUCCCAUUGUGAAUUUAUCACCUUUGAGGGCUAUGCACAAGAGCAGCAUUCCCUCCCCUUCUCUCUUGCACUUUCAUUCCCAGAAAUGUGAUUGGGAGCAUAGUAUAAGUCAGACAGCUCCCUGUUUAAAACACCCACUGAAUGCUGAUCCAAUGUUCAGAAUUUCUGGUACCUGUAAGUACUUUGCUUUAUUAAAGAAGUAUCUAUUACCAUUAAAGUUUCCUGUGAAUGUUACUGUCAACAAGAGUAGGCAGUAGUAUGUUAUUUGUCUUUUGGGGACUGGCUUAUUUCACUAAGUAUGAUGGUUUCCAGGUGCAUGCAUUUUAUUGCCAACGACAGGAUUUUAUUUUUUUUACUGCUGUGCAGUAUUCCAUAGUGUACAUUUACCAUAAUUUCUUUUUUAAAAUAUUUUAUUUAUUUAUUUGAAAGUCAGAGUUACACAGAGAGAGGAGAGGCAGAGAGAGAGAGAGAGAGAGAGGUCUUCCAUCCGAUGGUUCACUCCCAAACCGGCCACAACGGCCAGAACUGUGCUGAUCCGA